AAUUUAUCGAACAGGACCACGGGAGCGGAACAAAGUAGUUCCAGCCGUGUUUUUGCCGGUAUAUUGUGAACGAGGGACAAGGUGCUCCCGAGCAGAUCACAUCCAGUAAAAAGAUCAUGAGCAAGGACUCACAGAUGAGGGCUGCUAUUAACCAGAAGCUGAUUGAAAUGGGCGAGAGGGAGCGGUUGAAAGAGUUGCUCAGGGCAAAGCUGGUAGAAUGCGGUUGGAAGGAUCAGCUUAAGGCACACUGCAAAGACGUGAUUCGAGAAAAAGGCCUCGACCAUGUCACAGUGGAGGACCUCGUCAACGAAAUCACACCAAAAGGCAGAGCACUGGUUCCCGACAGCGUGAAAAAGGAGCUCCUGCAGAGAAUCCGCGCAUUUCUAGCUCAACAUGCGGCCUUGUGACCAACAACUCUGCAGUCUGCUUUUUUUUUUUUUUUUUUAAACCCACUUUAGCUAGCAAGAUAGAUCCAUAGGUAAAACC